UGCUAAAUUCUGUUAGCUCGAAGUAUAUUCACAAGCCUGAUGUCUAUAAUGCUGUAAGCCGUCAGCAUCAGCGCAAAUUACAAGAUUUGAAUGAAAUUGAGAUACUGUUUAAAACUUUACAAAAUGAUGAAAAUAUUGUAGGCAAUGUAGUGACAAAAGCUACACAUAAUGACGAACGUGAUCAAGAUGGAGCAUUUAUUCAAACAAUCUUCUGGGCAUAUCAUAGUGCAAUUUCUGAGUUUUCAAUAGCAAAAGAUGUUCUGCUAAUUGACGUGACAUAUAAGACAAACAGAUUUUUGAUGCCUUUAACUGCCAUUUGUAGCAUUGAUCAUUUCAAAUCAACAUAUCCACUAGUCUUUGCACUUGUUUACUCGGAGACCUACGAUUUUUAUUAUUGGAUUGAUCAAGAGAUAGCAGGAUUGUGGAAACGAUUUCCAAAUGCAAAAACAUAUAUGCUCGAGACAUGGAUGCAGCAUAAAGAAAAUUGGCUUGCACCAUAUACAAAUG